UUGUGUUUUCCCACAGAAUGCCGAAUCACCAAUUUGGGUCCCAGACAGACUCAUCAGGCCAGCCAAAGGAAACGGACAUCCGUCCCCCACGCCGCAAGAGGCCGAACCGCCGGAUAAUGCGGAACCUGGCCAAAAAGAUCAAGGCGACUCGCCUAGAGCCAAAAAUAAAACCACGCCAGACGCCGACGUGGACGCAACUUAAAACCCUGACAGCUCAGGCAAAGGAAGUAUUGAAGGCUGCACAUGCCCCGGAAACGGCAACCUUGCUGUUUGUGGCUAUGCUUGCAGUCAUGAGUGCGCCCACCGCUUUAGGGGAAAGUUAUUGGGCUUACUUACCAAAGCCACCCAUAUUACAUCCUGUAGGGUGGGAGGUGUCGGAUCACAUCAAGGUUUUAACCAAUCAAACAUUAGUGAUAGGGGGAUCGCCUGACUUUCACCUUCUAAAGAACAGCUCGGGUUAUGUAGAUUUUGAGGGAAAGUCCGAUUCUCUGCCCAUUUGCUUCUCUUUCUCCCCUUCAGUGCCAGUGGGCUGUUUUCAAGUAGGAAAAAGUGUGUUUAACACAGAUACCCCCACCUUGGACAAUACCAAACCAGAUGGAAAGGGCAAUGGGCGGCGUAUGUGGGAAUUGUGGAUGACCACCAUGUGUGAUAAAGAAGAAAAAAGUCAACAUUAUACCACAGCAAAGAAUCUUCCGCCGCGCUACCCCCAUUGCAGAGCAGCAUUUAAAAAGGACGCCCUUUGGGAGGGAGAUGAGAAUGCUUUCCCGCGCUGGCUUCCAUGUGCCUUCCCUGACAAUGGGAUUCCAUUGCCCAGGUUCAAGCAGAUCUCAAUUUGGUGCUUUUUGAAAAAAAAAAAAAGGAGGAACUGCCAUGCCUGCAGCAGAGAUAACCGAGCUCCGGGGCAGACAUGACGACUGAGUGGGAGCCGGUUCGAGGGCUCGCACCACACGUGGUUAAGCCCCCUGCUUGCAUGCGGCGGACUCCAAGAAGAUGUGCACCUGGACUUGCCCCCUACUGCAAACUUGGCUCUGGGCUGAUGGGCAUCUGGGUCAUGGGAAAGAUCGUUGUCGGCACUUAUUUCUUUAUUUUUCUUUGUUUGAUUCUGAAUAUGAUCUUGGCAAGACAGAGAUUCCUUUAAUAAUAGGACAGAAGGUCGUGAUCUAUUUUUGAUCACUAAUACCACAAGCUUUCCUGCUUCCUCUUUACAGCAGACAGAGCCUCUGAUGACAGGGACUCCAAGGUUGCAGAUUAUGUCUUCUCUUAUAGAUAAGGAAAGAUAAGAUUUAGCAAAGAAUUAUACUUAUAAGGAUAGUGAUGCUUCUUCUAUUAGGGUGUUGGUAGAACUGUUGAGAAAUGAUUCCUUGAACUUUGGGUUGGCUAUGAAUAUUUUACAGAGUAUAGAAACAGGUAGUGGCAACCAGGUACUUACAGGGGACCAUAUGUGCAUCGACCAACGGAUGCUCCAUUACCAUAUACUGGAGAAUAUGAUUUGAAUUUUGAUAGGUGGGUUAUUAAGGAUGGAUAUAGGGUCAGGUAUUUGUCACUGCCUUGGUAAGAAAGAUUGGCAAGAGCCCGUCCUCCUUGGUGUGUGCUCUCAGAAGAAGAGACAUGGGAGGUAAGGUCACAGAUCAUCAGAUACUUUAGACAGGGAUCAGGCAUGCAAUAUUAUUGCCCCGAGCCUUGGAUGUACAACUACAGGACUAACAAAGAUGGGAUCAAAGGGUCAACUAGAGCGAUAGAACUAGGUGCAGAGACCUGAUGGCGUAAGAUAUGCCAGACUUGCGGUCCCCUGAAACUUCCUCCUUGAUGUGACAAACGGAAAACUAGACUAGGUUGGCUGACUGCAGCUCGUCUGAAAAAAAAAAAAAAAAAAAAAAGCAAGCUAUACCUUUUUGCAGAAAAAUCAAAUGUCCUUGGCCAUGGUCCAAGAUUGUUAUGCAAUGAAAAUUGUGUAUAAAUGUCUGAUGCUCUCUCAGUAAAGUUGCAACAGCUGACCACACUCUCUCUGUGUCUGUGUCUCUGUUCGCCAUCCCGUCUCCGCUCCACGCGUGUCCUCAACAGGGGUCCCCCCGCGGAUACUUGGAACCUCCAAGAUUGCCGACCGCGGCAAAGCAGCACCUUUCCUUUCUGCUCACGUGAAGUAUCCCUUCCUCGAAAAACUCCAAUUUCGGAAAUAACACAGAAGAGUUAUGGUAUGUAUGUCACUCACUUCCCAUUUGUUUUUAACGCUGUCUCCGAAGUCAGGAAAUACAAACAUUUCAAAUUUCCAAGAAGAAAAAUGCAUCCCCAGGUAUUAGGAUGUCCUGAGGACCAAGUGACAAACUGAAAUAUGUGAGGGCAGAGAAGGUGGAGAUAGUGUCACUCAACAGAGCAGAAAUGUGACUGCCCGAGUUAAGAAGGGAUAAGGCAACCAUGACAGGAAAUCCAGGUCUCAUAACAUUAAACUUAUUUACAUUAUUCUAUCAAUACUUAGUUCAAAUCACUUUCCAGCUCAAUCUUCAUUUUGAAUGAAGCUGAUUUAUCCUGCAAUAUGUCUGUUCCACCUUCUCUUCCUAGGAUUGGCUUUCAUCAUGGGAAUAAUAGAUGAUUAUGGCUGCAUAGGUGACAUUACUAUUU